CUUUCAUGGCCACGACCAUUUAGGGAUUCCCUCUCCGCCCCCUUCUUUACGUCGGUUGUUCGAUUCCCCAUGACCACCCACUUCCUAGUUUUAUUUAUUAUUUUUUAAAACCCAAAGUUUCAGCUUCUCAUUUACCUUUUUAAUUUCUUUGUUGCUCCUUCUCUUCUUCUCCUCCUCUGCCUUGACCCAGAAUGGCUACAGACGAACAGUUGUCUGCUAUUAAGAACUCGAAAGUGCUUAUGGUUGGUGCUGGUGGUAUUGGCUGCGAGCUUCUGAAGACUCUUGCCCUUUCUGGGUUCCAAGAUAUUCAUAUUAUUGACAUGGACACUAUUGAAGUCAGCAACCUCAAUAGACAAUUUCUAUUUAGACAAUCACAUGUUGGGCAGUCUAAGGCAAAGGUUGCUCGGGAUGCAGUCUUAAGACUUAGGCCUUAUAUAAAUAUUACCGCUUACCAUGCAAAUGUCAAGGAUUCUCAAUUCAAUGUAGAUUUCUUUAAGGAGUUUGACGUUGUUAUGAAUGGGCUAGAUAACUUAGAUGCAAGGCGCCAUGUUAACCGCCUUUGCCUUGCAGCUGGUGUCCCUUUGGUAGAAAGUGGGACUACAGGGUUCCUGGGACAGGUGGCUAUACACGUAAAGGGGAAAACAGAGUGCUACGAGUGCCAGCCAAAACCUUCCCCAAAGACCUAUCCUGUUUGUACAAUUACUAGCACUCCAUCAAAGUUUGUUCACUGUAUUGUGUGGGCAAAGGACCUGCUUUUUGCAAAGUUGUUUGGUGACAAGAAUCAGGACAAUGAUCUGAAUGUGCGCUCUAGUGAUGUUGGUACUUCAUUGGAAGAUUCACAAGAUGUAUUUGAACGGAGAAAAGAUGAAGAUAUAGGGCAAUAUGGAAGGAGAAUAUAUGAUCAUGUAUUUGGUUAUAACAUUGAAGUAGCUCUAUCUAAUGAAGAGACUUGGAAAAACCGUAACAAACCAAGGCCAAUCUAUAGUAAGGAUGUUCUACCUGAAAAUUCAAGUCAGUGGAAUGGAAAUGUGAGAAAAGAUGGUGAUGUUUCUGCCAUGGCAUCCCUAGGCCUGAAGAAUCCUCAGGAUGUGUGGAGCCUUGCAGAAAAUUCAAGAGUUUUCCUUGAGGCUCUGAAAUUAUUUUUUGUGAACAGACCAAAGGAUAUAGGCAACCUGACUUUUGAUAAAGAUGAUCAGUUAGCUGUGGAGUUUGUGACUGCUGCUGCAAACAUUCGAGCUUCUUCUUUUGGGAUUACUUCAAAUAGUCUUUUUGAAGCUAAAGGUGUUGCUGGUAAUAUUGUGCAUGCAGUUGCAACAACAAAUGCCAUUGUAGCUGGGCUUAUUGUAAUUGAAGCAAUUAAGGUCUUGCAAAAGGAUAGCAACAAUUACAGGAUGACAUAUUGUCUAGAACAUCCAGCCAGAAAAAUGCUUCUCCUGCCAGCAGAACCCUUUGAACCUAACAAAUCUUGCUAUGUUUGUUCUGAGACUCCACUGUCUCUUGAGGUUAAUACUUGCCGCUCAAAGUUGCGUGAUUUUGUUGAAAAAAUUGUAAAAGUCAAACUUGGCAUGAACUUUCCGCUGAUUAUGCAUGGGUCGCAAAUCCUUUAUGAAGUUGGUGACGAUCUAGAUGCAGAUAUGGUAGCAAUUUAUUCUGCCAACCUUGAAAAGGUGCUAUGUGAGCUUCCUUCUCCAGUAACUAGUGGAACUAUGCUCAGCAUAGAGGAUCUACAACAAGAGUUUUCUUGUACCAUCAACAUCAAGCAUAGGGAAGAAUUUGAUGAGGAAAAAGAACCAGAUGGCAUGGUUCUCUCUGGAUGGACUCAACCUUCUGCAGAGAAGAACAAGAAUGAGCCUGCUGGUAAUGGUGAGAACACAUCAAAUGCAUUGCCAGCAGAAGAGACUGAAAAUGCCACAGGAAAGAAGAGAAAACUGUCGGAUGUCUCCAAGGCCACCACUUCAGAUGGUUCAGGCCUUGCUGAGAGUGGAAAUCACAACCAGCUAGAAAGCCUUGAUGAGGAUGAUGAUGACCUUAUCAUGUCUGAUAAUUUGGAAUCUCUCACAAAGAAGAAAAGGCCGCUAUAAUUCUUCACUUCAAAAACAGCUUCUUGUCUUCUAAUUUUUGUAAUUUGUAUAAUUAGUGGAAAUGGUGAUUCUUUUUGGUGCUGGCAAUUGUCAUUAUCAUAGUAAAAUAUGCAGGAAUUAGAAAUUAGAAAUUGUCAGCACCAUUUAGCUUUUUAUGCCUCACCUGUUUAGAUACAAAAUGUGUAUUCUUUGGAUAUUCAGUCAGAUUAACAGACUGUAACGAUGUAGGUACCAUAAUUUAUUUGCACAUCAUUCUGCAAUGAAAUUAGUUGUGGAUC